AUGUCUGCUAACGAGGAAUUUGUAAGAACACAGAUUUUCGGUACUGUUUUCGAGAUUACCAACAGAUAUAUAGAUUUAAAUCCAGUAGGUAUGGGUGCCUUUGGGUUGGUUUGUUCCGCAACUGACACUCUUACAAACCAACCUGUGGCCAUUAAAAAAAUUAUGAAACCCUUUUCAACAGCAGUGCUAGCUAAAAGAACUUAUAGAGAACUCAAACUGUUAAAACAUUUAAGACACGAAAACUUGAUUUGUUUACAAGACAUCUUUUUGUCCCCCUUGGAAGAUAUCUAUUUUGUUACAGAACUACAAGGCACAGACUUGCAUCAAUUGCUACAAACAAGACCAUUGGAAAAACAAUUUGUACAAUACUUCUUAUACCAAAUCUUAAGGGGCUUGAAAUAUGUUCAUUCUGCAGGUGUCAUCCAUAGAGAUCUAAAACCCUCAAAUAUCCUCAUUAAUGAAAAUUGCGAUCUAAAGAUCUGUGAUUUUGGUCUGGCAAGAAUCCAAGAUCCACAAAUGACAGGCUAUGUGUCCACGAGAUAUUAUAGAGCUCCAGAAAUCAUGUUGACUUGGCAAAAAUAUGACACUGAAGUAGAUAUCUGGUCGGCUGGUUGCAUCUUCUCAGAAAUGAUCGAGGGAAAACCGUUAUUCCCAGGCAAAGACCAUGUUCAUCAGUUCUCUAUUAUAACAGACUUACUAGGUUCUCCACCAGAGGAUGUCAUUAAUACAAUAUGUUCCGAAAAUACUUUGAAGUUCGUCACAUCUCUACCACAUCGUGAUCCAGUACCUUUCAGUGAAAGAUUCAAAAAUGUAGAACCAGAUGCCGUGGAUUUAUUGUCUUUGAUGCUAGUAUUCGACCCAAGGAAAAGAAUAACUGCAGCUCAAGCUUUGGCACAUCCUUAUUUGGCACCGUACCAUGAUCCAACAGAUGAACCAGUGGCUGAAGCUAAAUUUGAUUGGCAUUUCAACGACGCAGAUUUGCCAGUAGAAACCUGGAGAAUAAUGAUGUAUUCAGAAAUUUUGGAUUUCCAUAAAAUAGACGGUACUGAUGGUCAGAUUGAUACAAAUGCAACAUUCGAUGACCAAGUGAUUGCUGCAACUGCUGCUGCUGCUGAAGCACAAGCACAAGCAAGAGCACAAUUACAAGACUAUGUAAAUAAUAACAACAAUAAUAAUAAUAACAAUAAUAAUAAUAGCAACAACAAUAAUAGCAAUAACAAUAAUGGUGUUAAUGUUAAUGAUAAUACAAAUGUAGUAAGUGCUAAUAAUAAUGGUAGUGGGAAUGGUAAUAGUAAUAGUAAUAGUAAUAAUGCUUACAAUAAUCUGGUCCCACAGAACAAUAACAAUAGUACUGAUAAUACAAUACUAUCUAACUAUGCUGAUCAAGCGACACAUUUUGUUAAUGAAUUUCUAUAA